AUGGGGAGUGGAGCCAGUGCUGAGGACAAAGAACUGGCCAAGAGAUCCAAGGAGCUAGAAAAGAAGCUGCAGGAGGAUGCUGACAAGGAAGCCAAGACCGUCAAACUGCUAUUGCUGGGUGCUGGGGAGUCAGGAAAGAGCACUAUCGUCAAACAGAUGAAGAUCAUUCAUCAGGAUGGCUAUACGCCAGAAGAGUGCCUGGAGUACAAAACCAUCAUCUAUGGGAAUGUGCUGCAGUCCAUCUUGGCGAUCAUCCGGGCCAUGCCUACACUGGGCAUUGACUACGCUGAACCAAGCUGUGCGGACACUGGGCGACAGCUCAACAACCUGGCUGACUCUAUUGAGGAGGGCACCAUGCCUCCCGAGCUGGUGGAGGUCAUCAAGAAGCUGUGGAAGGAUGGUGGGGUGCAAGCCUGCUUCGAGAGAGCUGCAGAGUACCAGCUCAAUGACUCAGCAUCUUACUACCUGAACCAAUUAGACCGGAUUACAGCCCCUGACUACCUCCCUAAUGAGCAAGAUGUGCUACGAUCCAGAGUCAAAACCACAGGCAUCAUUGAGACCAAGUUUUCUGUCAAAGACUUGAACUUCAGGAUGUUUGACGUGGGAGGACAAAGAUCAGAGAGAAAGAAGUGGAUCCACUGCUUUGAGGGAGUCACCUGCAUCAUUUUCUGUGCGGCCCUCAGUGCCUAUGAUAUGGUGUUAGUGGAAGAUGACGAAGUGAAUCGUAUGCAUGAGUCAUUACACCUCUUCAAUAGCAUAUGUAACCACAAGUUCUUUGCGGCUACUUCCAUUGUCCUCUUUCUCAACAAGAAGGACCUCUUUGGGGAAAAAAUCAAGAAAGUCCAUCUCAGCAUCUGUUUUCCAGAGUAUGAUGGGAACAACUCUUAUGAAGAUGCAGGGAAUUACAUCAAGAAUCAGUUCCUUGACCUCAACAUGCGAAAAGAUGUCAAAGAAAUCUACAGUCACAUGACCUGCGCUACAGACACACAGAAUGUCAAAUUUGUAUUUGAUGCAGUUACAGAUAUUAUCAUCAAAGAAAAUCUCAAGGACUGUGGGCUCUUCUAAUCCUCAUCAAUCCUCAAGUAUACAUUCCACAAACAGGCUU